AGGAAUGCUAAGCAGGCGGCGGAGAAGCGCUACGCAGACGCUCUGCAGGGAUGUGACCUGACUGAAGACUUCAUCAGCAGCAAGGCGGCUGGAGCAGGAUCAGAACACAACGCCUCUGAGUCCAGAGACAGCACACAGAGUGAACAAGAGGAGCCAGACAUGGGGUACAAACCUGUUCACUACAGGAAGGUCUUCAUGGGAGAUAACGAUGUGGAUCCAGAAGAAAAGGAAGGAGGAAGCGACGCGACUUCACGAGGUCUCCGCGACAGUGAGGACGCCAGCAGUCACCACUCUGAUCAGGAUUCAGAUGGAAGUUACCACUACUCAGACGAUCACGAUAAUUAUUCAGACGACAGCGAGCACGAAGCUGACACCACAAAGCAGGAAGAAGGGAAGUGAUGGCAUCGAAUAUCAUGAAACAAGCGGCCAUUGCUACGUCCAAAAACUCUGAUAGACACAACUGAGUGAGGAGGAACAACGAAAAGUUUUCAAUUCCUUAAAAUUACAAGAUGUUAUAUGUUAUUGUAAAUAUUGUGCUCACAUAUUGUGCUCAUAAAAUUGAGACUUUGAUAUCUUUAACCUGAUACUAUACAUGUACAUAGUGAGCAGUUAUUUGACAUUUCCAUCACUUUGCAUCAAUAAUGACAGGUUUAAUUUCACAUAACUGUAGUU